AUGGACAAUGAUGAGGAGUCCGUGCUUGAUGUGACGAGAUCUCCCAUCAAAAAGCCACUCCAUUCGACGACAAGUCUCAUCAAGGUAUCAUCGGAGGAUUUAUUUCUCUCGCCUCAACGACAACAUAUCCAUCUAAACGAUCACUCAUUCGGCAGCCCUGAUCUUUUCGAAAACCUUUCAUCAACUUCCCGAUUAUCGUCAAUAAAGAGGGCACUCAAUGAGAACACGACGUUGAACAAGAGUCAAGAUCUAUUCGCCGACGAGAACGAGGAGAUUUUAUUGGGAAUCCCUGACGUUUCAAUGGAUCGCUCUCUUCCUCCACUCUCAUCAACACCAAAUCGGCCGCAGUUGACAAUAAGUGGUGACCCUUUUGUGAUGAUAUCACCGAUACGAAAGGAAGUUGCCGGUGAAACGAAUCUCUCCUUUCUGCCCACCCCACCACCAACGUAUCAGCAGGAUUUGAAGAUUCGAGGAGAUUCUUUACCGAGAAAAUUACGAUCUCCGUCACCGGAAAUUGUAUUUGAACAAAUUUGCUCACCUAAGCCGUCAAUUUCUAGUCAAAGUUUAAGACGACGGGCGCAAUCCGACGAGUCUCAGCGGGCAAAGAGUAAAGCCGAGCAAAAAGUGAAUGAAAGGACGGAGAUUUUGAAGAAACGUGGAUUGCGAGACGGACAAGUGAUACGAAAGCGAGAGGACCGAGCAUUGAUGCAUGGAACAGAUUGUGCGUGCUGUUCAGGCUACUACAACGCACUCGAGUUGAGUCCGGAAGAGCGAAAGAAAAGAUUGAAUCAAAUAUCGAGGCAUCGCUACGUGGAGAAACCACUCCCGCCAACACCUGAACAUUACUGGGAAGUCGAUUUCCCGUCCACGCAAGAGUUGGAGAAACGAGGAUUGAUACAUGUGCGACGAGCCGAUCAAACAAAGGAUUCAGUAAAGAUGUCGCUCGAUACUCUACGAGGAGAAUUCGAGAAAGAAAUCGCCGCCUUUAAACAAUUGGAGAAAGAUCGUGAAAAGUACGUGGCCAACCGACAAACGCUAGAAAGUCAGCUUACCGAGAAUCAAAUGGUCAAAGAAGAACUCGAUCUUUUGGGUGAUGAAUCGAAGGUUUUCAAGCUGAUUGGUGCCGUUUUAGUGAAGGUUGAACUUGCCGAAGCUAGGAGUCAAGUAGAGAAACGACUGGAAUAUAUUCAAGGAGAGACAAAACGAGUUGAAGAUCAAUUGACCGAUUCGACGGUGAAGACAAAGAAUAAACAGAAGAAACUCUCCGAGAUGCAAGAACAAAUUCAAAAAGCUUUUGCUACCGCCGGAAAAAAG